AGGUGUUGUGAAGGGCUUGACAUCAAUUUGACUGAAAACAUCACUGCUAUAAAUCAGGAUGUUUGUCUCUGAACAGGUCUCUCUUUCUCUCACACACUCAUUUCCUAUUUUGCUUGUAUUUCUCCUGCGUCACAAGGUAGGAUACACCACAAUGCUGCCUUUUUCAGCACUUAGCAAAAACAAAACUUGAGAACCAGAUUCUGUGUUGUAAAAAAAAAGAGAGAGAUAGAUCACUUCCAGUGAAUGUUAGUUUGUUCAUUGUAUGCUCUAUGGUGUGUAAUAAUGGGAUUGGAAUAUCAGUCAGAGGAUGAAGAAGAUGAUUUUAUUUCUCCAUUUGGUUCAAGAAUGGCGAGUAGACCAGUGUCUAUACUGGAGCUGGUUACGCUGAGGGAAUAUGCUCCUUUGGAUUCCCUUUUUCGGCUGCUUCCUAAGAAGGCUCAACGAGUACUCGCCCUCAGUCAAUCCAAUAUCGAUGUGGAAUUUACAUGUGUUGAUGCGAGCAGUGAAUUCAUUGUGUUGGGAUCCAAUAUCUCUAUAGUGUAUGUGUUUGACAGGCAGGAGCAGCAACUAGCAAAGCUUAGAUGUGAGGAUAAAUACUCUCAUGUGACUAGUGUAAAGCUUUUGACAUGCUUGGAUCAUCAGUUGGCUGUAGGUACUUCUAAUGGACAUGUUGAGAUAUUUCUUCUUCCAUCAAGAUCUCAUGGGCACUCUGUACAGGCUAAGAAGUUUGUAAUAGAGAACUUACAUGACACCAAGCCAGUAACAUGUAUUGAAUGGAGUAGUAAUGGUAUGAAAUUAUUCACUGGAGACAAUCAGGGUAGAGUCAUACAGACAACUCUAGAUUUCUAUGAGAAUCAAUGCCAAGCGUCAUGCGUGGUAACAGAAGAGGAAGCAGUGGUACAGCUCAGCUAUGCUCACAAAAAACUUCUUGUUUCAACAACCGCACGAACUAUUAUCUGUACACCAGAGGAAGAUAAUAAGAUAGUACAGGUUGGACAGAAACCUAGGAAGUCUACUGGAAGCUAUGGUGCCCACUUUGUUCCAGGCCUGUGCAAACCCAGCGAUGCUACCACCUAUGUCUCUAGACCUGGCUGGAGACUCUGGCACACCAAUACUGAAGGUACUGUCCUGGAAACCAUCAUGUUCAAAGACCUCAUCAGCAAGGAGCAUCCAUUGAUUCAACUGCUUCCAGAUACCCCACCAGAAAUAAUCCCACCACCUACUGAUCUUCAGCUUGGCGUCCUCCUUCCAUUCAGUGAUGGCCUUCUGGUGAGCUGGUCUCUCUCAGCUAUUGUUAUCCUACAGCCCUUUGGACCAGAGGGUGCCCUGGUUGUCGGGAGUAAUUUUGGUGAGCUUGGAAACUUGGUGUCGGUUGCUGUGACCAGACAUGAAAUCUUUGCCUUGAGGAAGGGAUGUGAGCGAUGCCUGGUCCGCAUUGCUACUGCUCCUGAAAUGACUCUAACCAGAGAACCAUCUAAAUCAGAAAAGGAUUUUGGUAAAAUCCAAAUCACCAAGCUGACAGUUACUGGUAACUCUUCCCAGAUGACCUUGAUUCCUAGUGCCACAGUGUCCUCAGAUAGGAUGACCUCUACUAGAUUAAAGAACAAGUUCAGUUCCAUGCGAGGUUUUCUCAGCAAAGCAGCAGAUGACCUGGCCGACAAAGCUGCUGAAACCAAGAAUAAAAUGGAGAGGAAUAUUGAGCGUUCGUUUAAGUUGAAUCUUCCCAUCCCUGAGAAGUCUGAAGACACUGUUAGCAUUAAGAGUGAUAGAUCAUCUAUCAACGAUGGUGAGCAGCAGAGCUCCGAUCCUGGGACCCCUGAAGCCAUGCUGUCAGAACGAUUGAUGGUCUCUGUCAUAAACUCAAGCAACAUGAGUGGUGAGCGAUCCCCAUCAUCUCCUACUGCUCCGUUCAGAAGUCCUGCCAACUCCUUCAGUGGACAUGAAGUUGAAGUUAGGAGUAGAUCAAACUCUCAUGUGAAAGAAGCAAGUGCUAAUGGUGUCAGCCAGACUGAAGCGGAUGAACCUAGCAAGGAAGACACAACGUCAGCAGAGGAUGAGAAUUUAGCAGUUACCAGUGAUGAUCCUAAAGAAUCCUUUAACAGUGCUAUUGAAGUAACUGCUCUGAAAGGGAGAAAACACAUUGCUGCUGAUAGGGUUUCUAUUGUAAUCACUGAGGACCCUGAAGAGGACCAAUCAGCAAAGGUCAUUGAGAAUCUAAGCAAGAGACAAUCUUAUGCAUCAAAGACUUCCCAGGACACUUUUGAGAACAUUGACGGUGGUUAUUCGGAUAGCAUUGUGUUCCAAUCAAAGCCAAAGUCAAAAACAAAGAAGAAGAAAAAGACAGUUAAAGGUAGUAAAAGUUCUGCAUCUGUUGUUGAGAUGGACCAAAUAUCUUCUCCAGGUAAAGUUCUUGAUGGCGAUCCACCAACUCCUAGUUCCAGUCCUCGUGUAACACCAAAGUUAGGAUCUAUUCAGGAAGGAGAGGAAAGAGAAGUAUCUUUAAGAUCAGGGGUUGAUCCAGAGGCAGUUGCAGAAAGAUUAAGAGCAUUUCCUGUUGAUGUGGUUGAUACAUCUGGGGGGAAUGGUGUAGUGGAAGGUACUGGCAAGAAAGGUGAUCAAGGAUCUGACAUUGAUCACCCUGAAGAGAGAUUACUUGGUCCAGAUGUAAUGAAGGAUGAUAAAUCAGGGAAAUUAUCACCUGCUGUAUCUUCUCCAAAGCUUAGCAUCUACACACCGCCUUUGUCACUAAGAUCCAAUACUGAUGAACUUGUAAAAGCUAACAAUGUUGAGAAUUCUCUGGAAUUAGAGACACCUCGGAAUGAAUACAGAAUUGAUACGGCAAAUAAUCCUUCAGAGUCAGGAUACCCAAUGAAUGGUCAUAGAUUGGCAGGGACUGGAUUGAGCAUAAGUUUACCAAGGUCUUUGAACUCUAAUGAUAUGCCACCUAAGAAAGAUGGUGAUGAAUUGUCCCCUAUUCUUAGUCCCAGAUCACCAAGGUCACCACGUCGAAUGUCUGCAGAGGAAGAAGAAGGGAGACAGGCAAGAAGGUUAGGUGUUAUAAUGGAGGAUUUUAACUAUAAUAAAGUCCCUGAGGAAGAUAAACAGCCAAGUCCAACCACCUCUCCACGUCCACUUUCUCCAGCAGCAGCUCAAGAAUAUGAUGAUUAUGUAUCUCCUCUGCCAGUCUUGCCACCAAGAAAGAAACACAUGCUCCUCAAUAAUGUUGUUAGACAAUCUGCAGCAGGUUCAAGACCAACAUCAGAGUUUGAAGAUAUCUAUUCCAAGUAUAGACAGACUGUGAUUAUGAUGAAAGAAUCUAUUUAUAUUGAGGAUCCUCCAGAGGCUGUCCGUAAAGAUGACUCAAAGGAAGCCUCUCAUAGUGACAACUCAGAGACAGAAAGUCAAGAAUCUGAUGAAGGAGAGGGAGGAGAAUCUUCUUUGCCAGACAGCAUACAGCAGAAGCUUGCUGGCAGCUGGAUGCAAUGUACCACACCAAACUAUAUAUACCAGCUCAUAGCAUCUGAACGUCACAUAUGGUAUGUGGACAACCGUGAUAGAGCUCAUCACAGUCUUUCAUCGGCUAUAGCCUGUAAAUGGAGCAAGCUGAAAGAUGCACACUGCCGCUUGCUUGCUGUGUCCCCAUCUGGAAGUAUAGUAUGGCGUGUGAAUCCUAAAACCAGCCAUGCCUGCUCAAGUGCAGCAAUCACCCAGCGCAGUCAUGUUGGUAUCCGGUGGAUUGAUGUCUCCAAGGAUGUUUCCCACGUUUGUCUUGAUGAGAAUAUUGCAUGGAUCAUCAAGAACAAUGGACAGCUGUGUGUUCAUAAGGGAAUCAGCCGAGACAAACCUUACACCAAGGACACCUUCAUUGACAGCAAUGUCCAUGUUCUGCAGAUUGCAGCUAACAGUGGUGUUGUGUGGGCAAGGACAGCAUCACACAAGGUGGUGUACAGAGCAGGAAUCACUUCUAGGAAACCACAAGGUCAGAACUGGAUGGAACUACCCGAUGAUGAGACCAGGCACUUGCAGAUGGUGUGUAUAGCUCUAGACUCAAGGAACACUGGCUGGGCCAUAGAUCAUGAUGGUAUGGUGUGGUUCAGGACAGGAGUUACAGUUGACAAACCAAUGGGGGAUGACCAAAAAUGGUGGCAGGUGUGUAUGAGUGAGUACCUAAUGGAGGAUCCCAAUGUCCUGCGUAUGAUGGUCAACAUGGCAGGGUCGGCAACCAAAGUGGACAGAGUGGUCAACUGGCUCAAGAAACAAUGUUACAAAGCUACAGCCAUUGCUGCUAACUCAUCAAGUGUGUGGGUGUGUAGCUCCUAUCACUAUAAGACCACACUGCAUGUGUCAAGGGGUAACCUACUUGGAUCUCGAUGGGAGCUUUCCAACCCUGUUGGUCUGGCAGCAUCGGCUACAUGGAAAUGUGUUUGUGCUUCACCAUCUUAUGGACCCAGUGGUAUGAUUUGGGCACUGCAAACUAGUGGAGAGAUCUUCUGCUUCUCUCCAGAGAACCGUAAACCUAACAUGGUACAAUCACCUGACCAUGUUGUAUUUGAGUACAUAGGAGCUACAUCAGACUCUGUCUGGGCUCUAUCAACUAACUGGGAUAUCUAUGUCAGGAUGAACAUCACUCAACGCUGUCCAGGUGGUACCCUAUGGAAGAAACUUAAUCUAAAUCAGUUUGGUACCCGUCGUAUUGUACACUUCACCCUUGGUAGUGAGACAGUAUGGGCGGUAGAUUCUGCUGGUGACAUUCACUUCCGAUACGGUGUCCAUCUUCCAAAGCAUGAUGCUCUCCCACUAGCGUGGGUCCCUGUGGAAGGAAAACCAGUCGGUUAUGGAGUACACUUUACCCAUGUCUUCUGUGGACCAUCCAAUGACAUAGUAUGGGCUAUUGAUAACAAGAAGACUGUCUAUGCUAGGCAGGGAGUGUGUAAGAGUAAUCCUAUUGGACUUGGAUGGGAGCCGGUAGAAGGUACUCAGGCUACUCAGCUGUGUAUGAGCACUGAUACUGUGUGGGCUCUUUGUCCAAAUGGAGAGCUUGCAUGUCGUUUUGGUAUCUCUACUGACAAUUCUACAGGGGACUAUUGGAAGAAGAUAUCAGGGAAUUUCAAAUAUGCAACAGUUUCUCAAAAUGACGAACUAUGGACAGUUAAUAGUGAUGGUCGUUUGUUCCAUCGACUCACUAAGAUGUUCAUUCGUAGUCCAUCCACCAAAGCUGCUACAUCCAUGGAGAGUACUCUACCAGGGGAAGAUGAUUGGGAAUUACUCUGAGCAAUCCCAAUACUUGCUUCAUCAUCCAAUCUUAAUAUUGGACAAGCAUGUCUUAUCAAAAUUUGAUGAAAUGUAGAUUAAGCAUGGAAGAAUUAGAAAUAUUAAAAAUUCAGAAUAUUGAUGAGUGAAAUCUGGCAAGGGCAGUGUAUUGAUAGAUCUACAUACUUUAAUAUUCAUCUUUUGGAGGGAAUCAAAAGAAAUGAUGACAUCUCUCCCUCAAAUACACACACUUCAAUAGUCAAAAUAAGAAUUGUCGAGAAAUCGAAAAGUGGUGUGGUUUGGGGGGUUGCAAGAGUCUACCUGGCAAUCCUGACCAGAUAUGCUCACUCUGCUGUGACUGUGAAUAGUCUAUAGAUUCCAUCAAGAUUGUCAAGAGAUAAGUAAUAGUUUCAGACACAUCCUAACCUUAGCUACUACUUGUCUAUAAGGAUCACCUGUUAAUAGAGGGUAGCAUUUCCCUUUCUUUUAAUCUGAAUUCUCACUGAAGUUUCUACUAACAUCUCACUCACAUGGAUUGUAUCCAAAGACUAGCUUAAUGGGAUACUCCAGACUGAAAAUUAAUGUAAGUGAUUUGACGAGAGAGUAAAAUCAGACAAACAAAACUAUGAAACACUUCAUUAAAUUUUGAUAAGGAGUAACCAAGUUAUUACAGG